GAACGCGGUCGCCUACAUAAGUCGUAGCAAAGCGUCAUCCUCAAUCAGAUCCGGUGGGAAAAACGGGAAAAAAACCCGCAAGCCGAAUCCGACCCUUCUGGUCAAAUCCGGGUCUCUUUCUCUCUCCAUCGUUCGUACAUCCAAACCCUAACCUCCCAGAUUCGAUCGGCGCGUCGCCGAAUCGAUCCGUCCCCGAUCCCGCAUUGCCGAUCCGACGCCGGAGCAGGGCGCCCUCGAUCGUCUUCUCGUCGGCGUCGUCGUCGUCGUCGGAGGGCGCGCUUGAUUUCCGUAAUCGGAGAUUGACCGUUUGGACUGGCUUUGGAGUGGAAUCUUAAAAAGCUUCCAGCAGUAUUGCAUGGCGUGAAGCAAAUCGAGUUGAUUUGCAAGUCACACUACUGUACUACACUGGCCCGACAUUUUUUGCAUUCGGAGAGGAUCUCAGAUCGACUUACCUUAUGCUGCUUCAAAUUGUCAGAGUAUAUGCUCUUGUUAUGGUUGCAUAGAUACCUAACCGUGACGAGAGAAGAUGGCUUUUCGUGGUGAAGACGAGCAGACGGAGGAUUACCUGUUCAAGAUAGUUCUUAUUGGUGAUUCGGCUGUUGGGAAAUCAAACUUACUUGCAAGAUUUGCCCGGGAUGAGUUUUACCCAAAUUCAAAGUCAACUAUAGGAGUAGAAUUCCAAACGCAGAAGAUGGACAUCAAUGGAAAGGAGGUGAAGGCGCAAAUUUGGGAUACAGCCGGCCAGGAGAGAUUCAGGGCUGUGACAUCUGCAUACUAUAGGGGAGCAGUUGGAGCUCUUUUGGUCUAUGAUAUUAGCAGACGCCAAACAUUUGAUAGUGUUGGUAGAUGGCUUAAUGAACUUCACACUCACUCCGACAUGAAUGUUGUGACUAUACUUGUUGGCAACAAGUCCGAUCUUAAGGAUGCAAGGGAAGUGACAGUUGCUGAAGCAAAAGCCUUGGCAGAAGCUCAAGGCUUGUUUUUCAUGGAAACGUCAGCCCUUGAUUCCUCGAAUGUUGUUGCUGCAUUCAGGACUGUGGUUGAAGAGAUAUACAGAAUAUUAAGCCGGAAAGUCAUGGCUUCUCAAGAACUGAAGAAGCAGGAUCCGAUAUGGAUAGGUAAUGGAAAGACUGUUGUUUUACAGGGUGAUGGUAAUGAGGAAACCGAUGCAGCACCCAGGAAAGCUUGGUGUUGUUCUGCUUAGGAUUUUACAUAGGUUAAAAGCUUUAGCCUUUCAUUUCACACAAUUUCUUCUUCCUCCCCUGGUCAAAAAGCUCAGUAAAUACUGAUUUUUUUUUUUUUUUUUUUUUUUCACUUUUUGGGGGUGUAUGAUGGUUGAAGCAGAGGUAUGAGGGGAGAGAGAAUGUACAUGAGCUGUGGUGGGUGUAUAAUGUAUGCAGCAAUCUGUAGUUCAUACUAAUGGUUCAUCUGUCUGUUGCCAUCUGGAUGAAGAAUCUUUGUAUGAGAAAUUCCCUCCUUGUUACCUUGAAAGGAAAUUCCAGCUGCCGUCAAGUCAAGUCCCUUCCACAGAUCGUCUAAAAUGAUGAGGAUUUUCUUCUUCCGGUCGUUUAUUAGCCUCUUACGCAAAAGAUCUGCUCUUCCAAGUACAGUUUCCUCAUUAAUCUUCAUGCCUAACAUGCAUGUGGACAGUUUCUGUUCAAUGCCAUGUUAGGCUUGCAGCUUAAUGAGGAAUCUGUAUUUGGAAGAUCAGUUCUUCUGCGUAAGAGGCUAUGAAGCUACCUGAUGAAGAAAAUGUUCAUAUUUUAUACGGUCUGUGAAAGAGACUUGACUUGAAGAUGGUUGUAAUUCCCUUUGAAGGUGACGAGGAGGGAAUAUCUUAUGUAAAUACUCUGAUCCGGAUGACAAAAAACAGAUGAAACUUAUUGUUGAUAUCUCAAGAAUCAAGAUUUCAUUCUAUGUUUUCUGUGUUC